UCCGUGCGCAUGCGCCAAUUUACAGGAAGCGUUAACGUUUUUCUUUUACCAGCUGAUCUAGCCAAAAUUAUCAACAGUCAAGCCUGCGGUAGCUGUGCUGCUGAAACGACAGUAUAUACGACAGAACAAGGAGCGAAGAGAGGCCACGACACCAGUCGGCGAGACUUGACUACGCUCUGGAAGUGACUGACAUCCCAGUAGCACCCAUCUCCACCCCAGGGAGGAGGCCCAGCCCCCCUGCCGUCUCCUACGCGGGCCGGUAUGAGCUCCAGAGGGAGUGGAGGCCGCUCCAACGGCACACUACCACAAACCAAGAUCUGCCAGUUCAAGCUGGUGCUGCUGGGUGACAUGGCUGUGGGCAAGUCCAGCCUGGUGCUGCGUUUCGUCAAGGGGCAAUUUGAUGAGUUCCAGGAGACGACCAUAGGAGCUGCGUUCCUGGCUCAGUCGGUGUGUCUAGAUGACACCACAGUGAAGUUUGAGAUCUGGGACACCGCGGGACAAGAGCGGUACCACAGCCUGGCUCCGAUGUACUACCGUGGCGCUCAGGCUGCUAUCGUUGUCUUUGACAUCACCAAGCCGGAGACUUUUGAGAGAGCCAAGGCCUGGGUGAAGGAGCUGCAGAGGCAGGCCAGUCCGAACAUUGUUAUUGCCCUGGCCGGGAACAAGGCCGACCUGGCAGAGAGGAGACUAGUAGAGUAUGAGGAAGCCCAGACGUAUGCUGAAGACACUGGCUUGCUCUUUAUGGAGACUUCGGCUAAGACAGCCAUGAACGUCAAUGAGCUCUUCCUGGCCAUUGCAAAAAAGAUGCCAAAAACAGACACCCAAAACCCUACACAUGCAGCGCGACAUCGGGGGGUCAACCUCCAGGACCCAGACGCCCACUCCACUCGAGCCUGCUGCGGUGGGAACUAGACCUCCACAGCUCCCCCCACUACUCCUCCAUCCACACCACCACAGCCCUUCAACCAUCCUGUCUCCGUCUACCAAGUUAAAAAGGGGUGGGCCUGACGCGGGGGAAC